AUGGCCAGCCACGGGAGUUCCGCGGCCGCGGGCUCGCUCAGUUUGUUCCCGUCGCCCUCGCGCCAGCACACCGCUUCUUCCACGACGUCAAGUCGGCGAGAAAUCGCGCGCGAAGGUGGAGCUUCCGCCGCGCCAAAGCUGUCCGACCUUAGUCAUCUGGCGCUGGUCAAAGGCCAACGCGACACCAUCCGCACUCAACUACGCGCGACCCAGGCCGCGACCCAGGAAGCACAACAGUCCGUGUCGUCGCUGCGCAAGCUUGCCUUCCGUCUUGCGGUGCGUAUCAGCGUCAAGGAGGCCAAAGUUGCCCAGGCUGCCCGCAGCCUGGCCAAUUCCCGCCGCCAUGACUACGUACACAGCCGCAAGCAUGAGGGACGGAUUGCGCAGCUUCAGGCUACCCUUACUCGCCAUGAGCAAAGGAAUCGGGAACUGCUUCAUAAUCUGGAACAGGCUGCUCAGCUUACUAUACAGUCACAGCAGCAACACCUCUCAUCGAACCUCCGCCCGCUCAGCUACGUACCUACCGGACAGCGCCCCAUUUCACCACCGCUGACCUCGCCGCCCUCUACGCCUCCGCCCUCGCCGCCAGCCAGGAUCUCGAGCCGAACGUCGCAGACCAGACCGAGGCGACCCUCCGACAUUGUCGCCGACCUCACCGAGAUCCGAACAGCCAAUGAGCGCUUGAUCAAGGCCAAGAAGGAGUCCGACCACGCCUUGUUGCUAUGUCGCUCGCGAAUAGCUUCCCUGCAAGAUGAUUAUCAGCAGUCCCAGAACCAUGUACACAGCCUGGAGAAGUCGAACAGCUCUCUGGAGCACCUGGUCAAGGAUUAUGAGUCCAAAGUCCGUACGCUGGAGGAGGAGAAGGCUCGUCUCGAGCAAGAACUUCUCACCACCCAGGAGAAGCUCAUCUUCUCUUCCAAGACCGAGGAAGUCUUGCGUGCUGAGCUAGAAGAGCACAAGUCCAGGAUUGCCGAAUUGGAGCAAGAGUGCGAGGCCAGUCGUGCUCGCAUCACCGAGCUGGAAGAAUCCUGGUCUCAUAUCGAGGAGGAUCUCUCCGGCUGCAAGCUUCAGCUCAAGUCCUUGGAGCGUGAUCGCUUGGCACUUCAAGAGGAGCUUUCGUCCGUCCGCAGGAAACUUUCCAUCUCUGAUCGGUCGCAUUCUGAACUGCAACAGAAGCUUGCAAGCAAGGAAGCGGACAUCGUCAAACUCCGACAGGAACUCAAACAGGGUCAAGACAGUGCCGAUGCUCUUCAGCAGACCGUGACCUUCUACGAGAAUGCCGCCCGUGAAUUGCAAGCCAAGAUCGCGGCUGCUAACGGUGCCAUGACCAUCCUCGAGAAACAGCUCGAAGUUGCCGAGUCAUCCAAAAACAGCAUGUACGCGGACAUGGAACAGCUCCAGGAGUCGAAAAGGGAAACGGAGCGGAAACUUCAGAAUGAGAUUCAGGCUCGCACCGCCCUUCAGUGGGACGUCAACCAGCUGGAACAGUCCAAGUCUCGUCUCAGCCAGGAAAUCCAGCGCAUGCGAGCCAAGAUCGAAAGCCGCAACCUCGAAGAAGCCCAGCUCAAGGACCAGGUAACCGAGCUCCUCAAGUCGCGACGGAGCCUGCAGAAUCAGCUGCGCGAAGCAUUGCGUCAACUAGACAUCGAGGAACAGAAGAAUCCGGAAGCUGCCGAUGAACUCGAGAGACUGAGAAAGUCUAAGGAGGAACUGGAAGCGAACUUGGCCCAUCUGAAGGACACGACAGGAAACCUGCACGCCGAUCUCCAACUAACUAGGAAGAAGCUCGAAACGGCCGAGAAGUCGAGGACGGAGUUGCAGGAGCAGUUGGAAGUCUCGCAGAAGGCGAACGACGGCCUCAGAGGUGAUGUGCGUGCCCUGAAACUCUCCAAAGCCCACGUGGAAUCCAACUUGAGCAUGGCCCUCCAGUCCAGAGCAAACCUUGAAGCGAGUGUCCGCGCGAAUAGGACGAAGCUUUUGGUUGCUGAGACUAACGAAAUUAAUCUCCAGGCCAAACUUUCGGCGGCGGAAGAAGAGGUUGCCACACUCCGCGCGGUUGUCAUCGAAGCCAGACGUGUCGAGGGCAAGCUGGAAGCUCGCAUCGCCGUUGCCGAAGAAGAACUGACGGCCGUCAAAAAGGCGAAUGAGGAACUUGAGACGUUUCUCAGCGAGACGCGUGACAACCUCGACGAUGAGACCAAGGCAAAAUUGUCCGCCGCCGAAGAACUCCGGGAAAAGUACCAGAAGAAACUUUCGAUGACUGAAGAAGAAAUUCACAGACUCCAAGCCGAGAACAAAAGCCUGAGCUCGGAAAUUGAGAGGAAGGAUCAUGACAUCGAAGAGCUUCGGUCCCAGGAGAGCAGCCUCAGUGCUGAACUCCGCUCCAAGGAUAAGUGGAUCGGGGACCUUAACCAGGCAAACGAGGAAUUCGCCCAGGGUAUGGAAUCCAUCGAGUGUGAGCUGCGCGUCCUCCGCGAGACGAAGAAGGCGUUCCAGACGGUGGUGAAGGAGCUAAGGGAGAGGGGCGCUCACCUUGAGGUGCUGAGAGAGUGGACUGGCGACGACAAGUCGACGCACUCCCAGGAAAAACCACUUCCCAACGCUCCUUUCAAAAUGAGAAGGACGUCCACUUUGCUUUCAGAGGAAGGGCGUCCCGCAUCUCGUGCUUCGUCGCAUCGGUCCACAGAAGGCGAAGAUGAACUUGACGCGUGGGCGAAGGAAGUCGAGCGCGUCCGCAUGCUCCGUGAUGAGACUGUCAUUCAACUGAAAGGUUUGCGUCAGUCGGAGUCUCUGCUGAGGAAGAACCUGAAAGCCAGUGAGCUGGAACUGCAGCGGCUGGGUACUCAUCAGCCACAGUAUGCCAUCCACACCAAAAAAUUUCCCUAUCUUCCGAUCAAUGUCAGUGCUGACAAGCUUUGUGCCCAAUACAGAUACAACCAGCCCCAGAAGAAAAGCGGCAACGUCUUCCGCCGUGUCUUCCAAUGGAGCUCACGCAAUCAGAAGACGAGCGGUCAGGUGUCGUGGAACAAGCCAGUCCACCAACAGCAAGCCGCGCGGGGUAUGCAGAAGGCAGGUCUCUCCGUCGGUCGUGUCCCAGAUGCGCGUCCGUCGGUGGACGUGCGGCCGCAAGUUGGUAGUGGUGCGAAGGGGGGUGACAUCUACUUCGACAUCGAGUCGCGGACAUGGAAGACGGUAAACGAGGACACGGGCGCGGCGCUGACGCCGGUGCGCACGCGGAACAUGAGCAGCCCCAACCCGCACGCACUGACAGCUUCGCCGGCGUCGACGAUGCCAAAGUCGCGGAGCGGGACCCUAAGCAAGGGUCGCCGGCCCAAUACUCGAGGCAGCAACAGCAGCGGCAGCAUUGGCAGCGAGCGCCGGGUGAGGAUCCACGAACCAUUCGAUGGAGAGAAGCUCUCCUGGGGAGGAAGGAUGAAGAAGAGAAUGGGGUUAUAA